AUGGCGAAGCCAAGCCUCAAUGAUUUCGAUCGUGCCGAGCGAACUGCCUCGAAGGUUGGAGAGUCACACGAGCAGGGAAUCACACACGAUGCAGUCUUUGGCGACAUCACGGAGGAUGGUCCCAACUAUCGAGACAUCGGCAUGUUCGGAACAGCAGUUCUGAUGAUCAAGUCUCAGAUCGGUCUCGGCGUUCUAUCCAUCCCAUUUACACUCCACGCGCUUGGUAUGGUCCCAGGUGUCCUCAUCAUCAUCGCCAUUGCACUCAUGACUUGGUGGUCCAACUAUGUUAUCGGCGUAUUCAAACAGCGACAUCCCGAAGUAUACUCCAUCGAUGACGCGGCUGGACUCAUGUUUGGUCGUAUUGGAAAAGAAGUGUUCGCUGCCCUUUUCUGUCUUUUAUUCACCUUUUGCUGCGGCUCUGCUUUGUUGAGUCUGUCCAUUGCUCUCAACGCCCUUUCCUUACAUGGUGCCUGCACAGCAGUCUUCGUCGUUGUGGCAGCCAUCAUUGCCUUCCUCUUUGGCAGCAUUCAGACACUCAGCCGUAUCAGCUGGCUCGCAUGGGUUGGAACCGUCUCGAUUCUCACUGCCAUCUUGACUGUUUCCAUCGCCGUAUCCCGACAAGAUCGUCCUGCUGCAGCUCCCACGACCGGCGUUUUCCACUCUGACUAUAAAAUAAUCUCGUCUCCCAGCUUUACUGAUGCUGUAGCCGCCAUAUCUUCCAUUGUAUUUUCAUAUGCAGGAGUGCCUGCAUUUUUCAACAUUGCGUCCGAAAUGAAGGAUGUGAGACACUACAACAAGGCUCUCACCAUAUGCGUGCUUUUCCUCACAUCAGUUUACCUUGUUAUUGGUAUCCUUGUCUACUAUUACUGUGGUUCCUACGUGGCAUCCCCGGCUCCCGGAUCGGCUGGUCCCCUCGUGAAGAGAGUCGCAUAUGGGCUUGCGUUCCCUGGUUUAAUGGUGUCCUGCAUUCUGCCUAAUCACUACACGGCAAAGUACUUGUUUGUUAGAUUCCUUCGUGACUCUAAGCAUCUUACAGCCAACACAUUCACCCACUGGGCUGUUUGGCUCAGCUGCACGGGAGGUGUCGCUCUUCUCGCAUAUAUCAUUGCCAGCGCCAUCCCCAUUUUUGGCAACCUUAUCUCACUCGUCGGUGCCCUGAUGGGCACAAUUCUUUCGUUCCAACCCUACGGAUGCAUGUGGCUUUACGACAACUGGAGCGAUGGCAAGGCAAACCCGACAUGGCGGUGGCGAGUGAUGGUUGGCUGGUCUAUCUUCAUCAUUGUCAUUGGUUCUUUCUUGAUGGUAUCUGGCACCUACGCAUCUAUUGUAGCCAUCAUGGACGGAUUCAAGGCUGAUGGGGGAACUCGUCCCUGGUCUUGCGCUGACAACUCUGGAUCUACUUGA